CCAGCUUCGGAGCACCAUAUAAACCCAGCAAACAUCGACGACCAGCGCUCCAAUCGCUCACUUUCCAUUUCUUCGCCUGAAAGGCAUCGCUCUCAUCGCCAUUUUCCGCACUUGAAUUUCCUCACAAACCUUAAAGAUUCAAACAGAGCUAUUGUUUAAUACAUUUGUAUACCAAAAUCCCUUUGUCGCUCCGAAUCACUAUUUGGCAAACCGGUUCAGUUCGUACGGACGGCGAUGGCGCUCUCGGCUUCUGACCUACCAGCGAUGUACUCGUUUCUCGCCAAUUCAAUGAGCGGCGACGAGAGUGUCCGGAAACCGGCGGAGACGGCUCUCUCUCAGUCGGAGAGCAGGCCUGGCUUCUGCUCUUGCCUCAUGGAAAUAAUUACUGCGAAGGAUUUAGCGUCUCAGGUUGAUAUCCGUUUGAUGGCUUCGGUGUACUUCAAGAAUAGUGUUAAUCGGUACUGGAGGAACAAGCGCGAUUCCUCGGGGAUAGGCAACGAGGAGAAAAUACACCUGAGACAAAAACUGUUGUCGCACUUGAGAGAAGAGAAUUAUCAGAUAGCUCUAAUGUUGGCUGUGCUCAUAUCCAAAAUUGCUCGUAUUGAUUACCCCAAAGAAUGGCCGGAACUGUUUUCUGUUUUAGCACAACAGCUCCAAUCAGCUGAUGUUCUUACUUCCCAUCGGAUUUUUAUGAUUAUUUUUCGGACCUUGAAGGAAUUGUCCACUAAACGUCUUACUUCAGACCAAAGGACCUUUGCAGAGAUAUCAUCCCAUCUCUUUGAUUUUAGCUGGCACAUUUGGCAGAGAGACUUGCAGACCAUAUUAAAUGGUUUCUCCACUCUUUCUCAAAGCUAUAAUUCAAAUGAUCCAAACCAGUAUCACGAUGAGCUUUAUCUAAUGUGUGAGAGAUGGUUGUUGUGUUUAAAGAUAAUACGCCAGCUUAUAAUUUCAGGGUUUCCAAGUGAUUCAAAAUGUGUACAGGAGGUCCGACCAGUUAAGGAGGUCUCUCCUGUUCUCUUGAAUGGCAUUGAGUCCUUUCUUCCAUACUAUUCAUCUUUUCAGAAGGUACACCCUAAAUUUUGGGACUUCACAAAGAGGGCAUGUACUAAAUUGAUGAAGGUCUUGGUAGCAAUACAGGGAAGACAUCCUUUUUCUUUUGGGGAUAAAAAUGUGCUUCCUCCUGUCAUGGAGUUCUGCUUAAAUAAGAUUACAGAACCUGGGCCAGAGUUGUUUUCAUUUGAGCAAUUCUUGAUUCAAUCUAUGGUAAUGGUUAAGUGUGUACUAGAAUGUAAGGAAUACAAGCGUAGUCUUACUGGUCGGGUGGUGGAUGAAAAUGGGAUUACACAAGAGCAGAUAAAGAAAAACAUUUCGAGUGCUGUUGGUGGUGUAUUGACCUCACUGCUGCCUAAUGAACGGAUAAUACUUCUUUGUAAUGUAUUGAUAAGAAGGUAUUUCGUUUUAACUGCAAGUGAUUUGGAAGAGUUGUACCAGAACCCAGAAGCUUUUCAUCAUGAGCAGGAUAUGGUUCAGUGGACAGAAAAAUUGAGGCCUUGUGCUGAAGCUUUGUACAUUGUAUUGUUUGAAAACCAUAGCCAACUACUUGGUCCUGUUGUGGUUUCCCUUCUUCAAGAGGCAAUGAAAGGUUGCCCAACUUCAGUCACUGAAAUCACUCCAGGGUUGCUUCUAAAGGAUGCUGCUUAUGGUGCUGCUGCUUACGUUUAUUAUGAGCUCUCAAACUACCUGAGCUUCAAAGAUUGGUAUAAUGGUGCAUUGUCGCUAGAACUCUCAAAUGACCAUCCAAAUAUGAAUAUCAUCCAUAGGAAAGUUGCACUAAUAUUGGGACAGUGGGUUUCUGAGAUUAAAGAUGACACAAAAAGACAAGUAUACUGUGAUUUGAUCAAAUUGUUACAAGACAAAAACCUUUCUGUCAGGCUGGCAGCCUGUCGGUCUUUGUGCUUACACAUUGAAGAUGCGAACUUUUCAAAACGAGAAUUUAUUGAUCUUCUUCCAAUAUGUUGGGGUUCAUGCUUUAAGUUGGUUGAGGAAGUUCAGGAGUUUGACUCAAAGGUUCAGGUUUUGAAUUUGAUCUCUGUUCUUAUUGCAAAUGUUAGUGAAGUCAUUCCAUUUGUGGACAACUUGGUGCAUUUUUUUCAAAAGGUUUGGGAGGAAUCUUCUGGUGAAAGCCUGCUGCAGAUUCAGCUCCUUAUUGCUUUGCGGAACCUUGUGGUUGCACUUGGCAGUCAAUCACCCAUUUGCUACAACAUGCUACUGCCCAUUCUACAGAAGGGAAUUGAUAUAAAUAGCCCAGACGAACUUCUGGAGGACAGCAUGCAGUUAUGGGAAACUACACUUUCUUGUGCCCCUUCGUUGGUGCCGCAACUAUUGGCAUACUUCCCAUCUCUUGUGGAAAUCAUGGAAAGAAGUUUUGAUCACUUGCAGGUUGGUGUCAGCAUAAUUGAGGAUUACAUUAUUUUGGGCGGAACUGAGUUUCUAAACAUGCAUGCUUCCAGUGUGGCUAAAAUUCUUGAUCUGGUUGUUGGAAAUGUCAAUGACAAAGGAAUUAUCUCAACUCUUCCAGUCAUUGAUAUUCUAAUACAGUGUUUCCCUGCAGAAGUGCCUCCAUUGAUCAGCAGUACUUUACAAAAAUUGAUUGCUAUAUGUUUGAGUGGAGGAGACGACCGUGAUCCUUCUAAGACAGCUGUUAAAGCAUCUUCUGCUGCCAUACUGGCAAGGAUUUUGGUGAUGAAUACCAAUUACCUUGCCCAGUUAAUGUCAGAUCAAUCAACUUUGUUACUGCUCCAGACGGCGGGCGUCCCAAUCAAAGACAAUAUACUUCUUUGUCUGGUUGACAUUUGGCUUGACAAGGUAGACAAUGUAUCUUCCAUCCAAAGGAAGACAUAUGGCCUAGCCCUUUCAAUAAUUCUCACGUUGAGACUGCCUCAAGUCCUCGAUAUGCUUGAUCAGAUUCUGAGUGUAUGUACGACUGUAAUUUUGAGUGAAAAUGUUGACUUGGCUGAGGAAGAGUCCAGUGGUGAGAAUAUGAGCUCCAGCAGGUCUCACGGUGAGGGCACCAUUCCGAGUCAAGAGUUAAGAAGAAGACAGAUCAAGUAUUCUGAUCCUGUCAACCAGUUGUCAUUAGAGACCUCGGUUAGAGAAAAUCUUCAAACAUGCGCUGCCCUUCAUGGAGAAUCGUUUAAUUCAGCCAUUGGUAGCAUGCAUCCAGCAGUAUUAAAACAAUUGAAGCAGGCAUUGAAGAUGCCGUAGCUCGUGUGCCUCCAAUUCUUCUAAUCAAUUGGGUGCUCUCGUGUCCAGGCCCUUCCAGUUUUCAGUUGUUCCAUAGAGUGAGAUAUAGGGUGAAUUGAAGCUUCUGGGAAUGAAUUUGUGAGUUCUAUCUUCUUUCUUUUCCUUCAUAAUUUCUUGGGCUGGGUUUUGGUUUCGGGUUAUAGUUUCAAAUUCAUUUGUGUGCAAAUUUGACAGCACGAAGCUUUGUAAAUAGCUUGCGGAUCUGUAUGUCAUUGUAUACGGAGUGUAGAGGGUGGUGGAAGUAAGUUAAGGGAAUGCAGACAAAUGAAAUGAGAAAUUUUCAGAAAAUGAGAAGAAAUUUGUGAAUUUGUUUUUAUUUGUUUUCAGAAAACAAGAUGAGACUGAAAAUUGCCACUUUUAAUUCCAGGGUUUCUUUUUGCUUGU